AUGUUCCAGGAGCUUCGUCUGAAUGACAGCGCGAUAAAAGGAGAGGACUUGUGGGUGCCAGUCAUGAAGGCAGGAGGCUAUGAGGCUGUCACUUCUGGGAAGCUUUGGGCUGCAAUGGGUCGCCAUCUCGGCGCUCCCAAGGGGAUGACAGAUCUGUCGCACAGAGUGAAGAAGGCUUAUGAGACCCAGCUGCUGCCCUUUGAAAGGGCCUUGAGGAAAGGAGAGGUCCCAGGCGUGAGCGUGCCUCCAGAAAUGGAGCCCAGCGCAAAGAGCAGGGCAGCGCCUGACAUCAGCGGCCAGCACAAAGCAGCAAAGCGGGACGGCGGCCCGGGUCGCACAGCUGGCAGGGGCGAGGCAAAGCGCGCAAGGGGAGGAGGGAGGAAUGGCGGCAGGGGUGGCAGGGGCGCUGCUGUUGCACGCUCAUUUCUCAGCGGCAUGGGGCUGAUUGGAGCGCGUGUGCUCAUCAAAUAUGAUGCGGACACCGAGGACGAGCCUCCUGUCUUCUACAUCGGCACUGUGAAGUCCUUCAGCAAGGAGAGGCAUCAUGUGGACUUUGAUGACGGCGACACAGAGGACAUUGACCUCUCUGAAGAGGUGUGGCGCAUUGCCAAAGCAGAGGAUGAGGCUGAAGCCCAGAGCGGUGGCAAGGUUGCCAUGAAGGAAGCCGACCUGGCCAACAUUGAUAAGGAACCUGGUGCGCAAAAGAAGGACUCUUCUCAGGACGCAGAGGCAGAGGCUGCAAAGCUGCAAGAAGCUGGGGUUGGCGGCAGCAAGCCCUCAAAAGAUAAUGCGCUGGACCAGAGCGACGAAGAGCACUUCACUCAGGCAAAGGAACUGCAGGAGCCCGAUGUUGUUGUGCGGGGUGAGCGCUUCAAGGUGCGCGAGGGAUUCAUUGAGGGGGAGCGCUGCUAUGAGAUCUACGUCAUUGUGGGACCCAUGGACAAGGACGACAUCAAGGUCAAGUGCUGGCCGGAGGGGCAUGUGCGUGUGACGGGGACACCUCAUCCUGGAAUUGAGAAAUGGACAAAGGAUCCAAUUGAGCACAACAUAUACCUGCCCUCGCCAAUUGACCCCUACUCAGCCAAGGCCCUCGUCACCCUCCAUGGCCUGCUGUACAUCAGUAUUGUCAUGGCAGCCUCCACCUCUUGA